CGGUGUAACGCCGUUGUGUCUCUCCGCAGGCGCGGGACCGGCGGUGCUGGGCGCUCCUGGGCGGCGGCGGCGAGGGCCCGCUGCCCGCCGGCCAUGUCGGGCCGCGGGAAGUCCGGCGGCAAGGCGCGGGCCAAGGCCAAGUCGCGCUCGUCGCGGGCCGGGCUGCAGUUCCCGGUGGGCCGGGUGCACCGGCUGCUGCGCAAGGGCAACUACGCGGAGCGGGUGGGCGCCGGGGCGCCGGUGUACCUGGCGGCGGUGCUGGAGUACCUCUCAGCCGAGAUCCUGGAGCUGGCGGGCAACGCUGCCCGCGACAACAAGAAGACGCGCAUCAUCCCGCGGCACCUGCAGCUCGCCAUCCGCAACGACGAGGAGCUCAACAAGCUGCUGGGCGGCGUGACCAUCGCCCAGGGCGGCGUGCUGCCCAACAUCCAGGCCGUGCUGCUGCCCAAGAAGACGCAGAGCUCCAAGAAGUGAGCGCGGUCCCCCCCGGCCCGUGCCCGGGGCCGGGGGCCCCCUCCCGGGCCGCAGGCCAGCCCCAGCUGCACCCUGCCAGGCCGCCGUGGGGAGCCUGGGGGAGUGCGGCCAAGCCGCGGCCCUGCUGGUGUCCCCCACCCUCCCCGGGGUCCUCUCUCCCCCCCGAAGAGGCGGCCUGGCUGCCAGCAGCAUCCCUACAGCCGGGGGCUGGCAGGGGGCCGCUGGCAGCAGCAGCCACUCGUGCUGGCUGCCGUGGGGCUGGAUGUGGGCACCCCCGACUGCCUCCCCCUCUUAGCUGCGGGGGUCCCUGGAGCCGCCCUGGCAUAGGGGUCGGACUCGCUGCCACCACGCACCCCUGGCGAUGCCGUCCCGGCUGUGCCACCGUGGGCAGAACGGGGGGCGGAAUGAUGCGGAAAGGAGAAGUUUCUCAGUCGAUGAGAAGUGACUGUUGGUCUUGGUUUUGUUCCUGGUAAAGCUAGUGCAUCACCUACUGUAAGGGAGCUCUAAUCUCUUCAUUUUGACAUCUCUUUUAUUUUGGGGGUACCUCCCUGCACAGUCACCUUCUGGCCCCCCUCCUGCUUGGGGGGCACCAGUGGACCCUCUGGCCCCAUAGCUGUGGGCCCUGCUGAUGGGGUAGGCGGCGGGUGCAGCGACGGAUCCUCUCGGAGAGCGUCGCAAGGUCAGGCGCCCGCUGCCGCUGGGAGCAGGAGCUGCCAUCUUCUGCUGUGGCUCCGCUCUUCCUCCCGUCACGGAGCAGCUCUUGGUUGCAGAACCUUUUAAUAUUGUGGAGAGCUGUGUUGUACCCUAGUUGCACUUCUGCAAAUGACAUGCAGUGUCUCUUGUUUUCAUUUUUUUUCCUUGUUGUUGUUCAACACUAUUCCUGGUUCUGAAAAAAUAAAGUGCUGAUGACAUCUGUUAACUGUAACCCUUUAUGGAUUAGUAUUUCUUUUUAAAAUGCCCCUGAGUUUGUAGUUAAACAGUAUUUAGCUAGUACAGUAUUUAUUAAAUGGCUACCGGGUAAUGAGCAUGGGAGCCGGCUGUCCCUGUGACACCUGGCAUAACUGAUGCGGAGACCAGCUUUCCUCGCUGCCCAGCGCAGCCUGCUUCUGUGGAGGCUGAUAGUCGUGUGCAUGCAGCAGUGUCUAGGCAAUCGGGCAGUAGUAGACCUUCAUAAUGUUGUUUCUUUAACAAGUAAAAUGAGCAACUAUUUAUGUGCUGUAAGUAGCAUGUGUUCAGCCUAUUGAAUCAGCUGUUAAUCUGUGGAUGAAGUAACUUGCUCUGGCUCUGACUUUAUUAUUACCUAGAGUAGAUGAGUCUGGAUGCUUGUCAACCAGUUUUAUGAAGGGUUUUUCCACCUCUGUUGUAGAAUGUGGAAGCAGUGUGUUCGUUAGUGUAGCGCUAAUGGGGAAGUAGAAGUGUCUGUCGGUUGCUCCGUGGUACCUGCUAGUGGGGCUGACCUUGGUGGGGGCAUCCGGCCGCGGUCCCGCUGGGGCGGCACGGGAACCUGCUGGGAUCGCUCUUCUUCUGUAAGCUCGAUGUUACCACGUGUGGGGUAUGCGGGGUGGGACAAGGUGUUCUCGUUACGUGCAAACCACUGUCUAGAGUGGUGGUUCUGACGUGUCUGUAUCUGAGUGUCUUGUUCUCUUUCCUCUUUCUUUAUUUUUUUUUUGUUUGUUUGUUUUCUCCAGGACCAGCAUUCUGUACAACUUGAAAGAGAGUGCUUUGUAUUUAUUAGAAAAUGCAGAACUUGUGAUACUGGAAAGAACAGUGCAAACCCAAUAUCUGAUUAAACUGGUUCAGUAUUGAA